UUCAACGCGGACCGUUUGCAUAAUAAUUGUGGUGUGAAAUUUUGGGGAAUCUUGCUUUAAUAGUAAAUUUCUAGUUCCAAAUGCUAUUUCAAAUGCUAACAGUGACCACCUACAAAAAUUGAUAAUGCUGAAAUUGUACCAGCGGCUUCCGGUUCGGCAGUUUUCUCUGCUAAGUAGCUCGCGCCAUCAAGUUUUGGGUACCGGUAAACGAUGCAUCCAGCCGGUGCAAGUGCUCGUAAAGCGGGGGAAGAAAGAUGAUAGCAGGUUAUUUACGCCGGUUCCGAUUCGUCCUAGCCCGGAUGAUAUCAACGUGGGAGCUGAGCUGACCGGAGGAGUUUUGGACAAAGCGGAAAUGCUGAAGGUGAUUUUAAAAUUCAGCAAUCGAAAGGAGAUCAAAUUUCUGUGUUUGGAGAAUGGGAUCGAUUCCAAUUUGCAACAGCAGGCAUUCACCAGCUUCCGGAGGUACUGCUUGGAGACAGAUGCUUUGCCAGCGGAUUUGCACGUGGUGCUGAGUGACAUUCUUCAAGGUGCCGGUCAUGUUGAUGAUAUUUUCCCGUAUUUUUUGAGACACGUGAAACAGAUUUUCCCUCAUUUGGAAUGUAUGGACGAUUUGAAGAAAAUCUCAGAUCUAAGGCAGCCGGCCAAUUGGUACCCGAAUGCACGGGGCAUCAAUCGAACCAUAAUAUUCCAUUCGGGGCCGACCAAUUCGGGCAAAACGUAUCAUGCCAUGGAACGGUUUUUGACGGCCAAGUCUGGCGUUUAUUGUGGCCCCUUGAAGUUGCUGGCCAGCGAAGUGUUCAACAAAAGUAAUGCUCGAGGAACGCCUUGCGAUUUGGUGACCGGGGAGGAACGGAAGUUUGCCGAUCCGAAUGGAAAUCCCUCGAAGCAUGUAGCCUGCACGGUUGAAAUGACCUCAAUCAAUACGCCUUAUGAAGUUGCGGUUAUCGACGAAAUUCAGCUGCUGAAGGACGUUGGCCGUGGUUGGGCUUGGACCCGCGCCCUACUUGGAUUGAUGGCUGAAGAAAUACACGUGUGUGGAGAACCCGGAACGCUGGAUCUGUUGCAAAAUAUCUGCAGUACCACUCACGAAUCUUUGGAAGUGCGAAACUAUAAACGGCUGACUCCGUUGCACAUCGAAGACUCCGCUCUACAAUCGCUGGACAACGUUAGACCCGGUGAUUGUAUAGUUUGUUUCAGCAAAAACGACAUCUAUAGCGUUUCGCGGGAGAUUGAAGCACGUGGACGAGAGGUGGCCGUUAUUUAUGGAGGGCUUCCGCCGGGGACAAAACUGGCGCAGGCCGCCAAGUUCAACGAUCCCGACAAUAGCUGUAAGGUGCUGGUUGCAACGGAUGCAAUCGGAAUGGGACUAAAUCUGAGCAUAAGGCGAGUCAUUUUUUAUUCCAUGAUCAAGCCUACCGUUAAUCAGAAAGGCGAAAAAGAAAUGGACACGAUUUCCGUAUCUCAAGCCCUACAGAUUGCAGGACGAGCUGGUCGCUACGGCAUGAAAUGGGAGGAAGGAUAUGUGACGACCUUCAAACCGGAAGAUCUAUCCACUCUCAGGAACAUCCUUUCGCAAACUCCGGACCCGUUGACUCAGGCCGGUCUGCAUCCAACGGCAGAUAUGAUAGAACUAUACGCUUAUCACUUACCCAAUGCCACCUUAAGCAAUCUGAUGGAAAUAUUCAUUUCCCUCAGCACCGUAGACGAUUCACUGUACUUCAUGUGCAACACGGAAGAUUUCAAAUUCCUCGCGGAAACGAUCCAACAUGUUCCUCUUCCCCUCAGAGCUCGGUACAUAUUUUGCUGUGCUCCCAUCAAUCGGCAGAUGCCUUUCGUGUGUUCAAUGUUUCUGAAAUAUGCUCGCCGAUACAGCAAAAACGAACCAGUGACCUUCGAUUGGCUGUGCAAUCAGUGUGGAUGGCCCUUCCAACUUCCCCGGACCAUUAUCGAUCUAGUCCAUCUGGAAGCGGUCUUUGACGUCCUUGACCUUUACCUGUGGCUAAGUUAUCGCUUCCCCGACCUUUUCCCCGACGAAAAGUUAGUUCGAGACAUCCAGAAAGAACUGGACGACAUAAUCCAGCAGGGUGUGUUCCAGAUUACCAAACUGCUGAAGAACUCGGAAACGGCCGUCUCAACCAACACACCCCCGGACGAGGAUUCGUUUGUGAUGCGACAAAAGAAGAGCAAAUACUACCGGGAGCAGGCACCCCGAGGAAAGCUAACCGAACGCUUGUUAGCGCAAGGUUUGCUGACGCCUUCGAUGUUGCAGGAGCUGAAAGCCGAAUGGGAUCAACAGGAGAAGGGAGCGCCGGGACACAGUGACGACGAUGAUUUCUCCGGUAAAAAAGGUCGGCGGAAAACGCGAAAACCGAAGUAGAUGAAGGUACGUUGAAGUUGGAAAUUAUAUUCUCUAGACUGU